AGGGAGAGAGGGAGUUAGACACAGCAGACGGCUUGUUGGAGAAAACACAUACAUACGCACACAGACACAAACACACAGAGAGACACACUGCUCUCACGGAGGGUGAAUAUCAAGCAAGGGGGGAAAACAAAGUUGUAUUGAUGGUUUGAGGAUCAUUGAAGAGUUUGGGGGCAGUAGGCAAUGGACUGGUGCUGAGAGCGACGGAGAAGAGGCACUCAUGCCGGAGGAUGGGUGAAGAUGAGAAUGGCCCAGAGGAAUGGCAUGUAGGACCUUCCACCAACGCAGCCCGUCUACUUGUGGUGCCCGGCUCGGCAGGCUCCUGCACAAACUCCUGGCCAUGCUCUCCCUUUUCACCCUCUCGCUUUUCUGCUUCUACCUGCUGGCCGGCUGUUGUGACUCCAUCCCGCUGGAGCCCGGCUUGAGCCGGCAGGGACGGCCGAGGAGAACGGUCACAGCGCAGCCCGCGGACGAGGAGCCCUCGUCCGGAUCGUAUACGCCGGUAGCCGGGGACGGCGCUGAACCUCAGCAGGGCAGCGGGGCACCCGAGGCGGGACAACGUGUGGCGGCAGCGGUCCGACCGCUCAACGGCACGGCGAGGGCGGGCGGCCGCUGGUGGUGCGCUCUCCGGCGGCUGCCCGAGGCUCUCAUCAUCGGCGUGAAGAAGGGAGGCACCCGCGCCUUGCUCGAGUUCAUGCGGCUGCACCCGGCCGUCAGGGCGCUGGGCGCCGAGCCGCACUUUUUCGACAGACACUACGCCAAGGGGCUGCAGUGGUACAGGAACCUGAUGCCCAAAGCACUUGAUGGUCAGAUUGUGAUGGAGAAAACGCCCAGAUACUUUGUGACAGCAGAGGCACCAGCCCGCAUUCAUGCUAUGUCCAAGAACACCAAGCUGAUUGUGGUUGUGCGGGACCCAGUGACCAGAGCCAUCUCAGACUAUACCCAGAUCAUCUCAAAAGCAGCGGACAUCCCUGGCUUUGAAACUCUCACUUUCAAAAACAGGACUACGGGUCUGGUUGAUGCAUCAUGGAGCCCAAUAUGGAUUGGGAUCUACGCUCAGCACUUAGAGAACUGGCUGCAGUAUUUCCCCUUGUCACAGAUGCACUUUGUCAGUGGGGAGAGGCUGAUCACUGACCCAGCUGGGGAGCUGGGUAAAGUCCAAGACUUCCUUGGCCUGCAGAGACUUAUAACAGAUGACCACUUCUUCUUUAAUGAGACCAAGGGCUUCCCCUGCCUGAAGAAGCCACAGGGUAAUGGCAAACCUCACUGCCUGGGCAAAACAAAAGGCAGGAUCCAUCCGAACAUUGAUCCAGGAGUGGUCCAGAAACUGCGGGACUUCUACCGCCCCUUUAACAGGCAUUUCUAUCAAAUGACUGGGCAAAACUUUGGCUGGGAGUGAUAGGAGGGCAGGGGAGGUGGGGUGGAGUCCGUGAUGAGGAACUGAACAAUUGCAGAAGCAAAGGAAACUAACCAAGUCCGCAUGUCAAGUCAGAGGUGUAGCACGUUCAUUUAUAAUCCAUAGGAGCUGUGCUGAGACUGUGCGCAUUCUGCAUCUGCUGCUUUACAGAUUUUGAAGAAAUUUCAAAGAACUGUGGACUUUUUCACUCAAUAUUUACCCAAGUCUUCAUCACAUCUUAAAAGGGCAAUGUCCAUCUUGCGAGGACUUUAUUUUUGCUUUCAGUGGUCCCGAGCAAUGGUUGUUGAUUUUUUAAUAUAUACAUAUGUAUAAAUAUAUAUAUAGAUAUCUAUUAAGAGUUAUGUCAUAAAAGUGAGUAACAUCAGGGCUGAUACCUCUAGUUUCUCUUUAGCACUCACUCACUGCACCGCAGGAAAUGUCAUCAUUUUUAUGAAGCAAUGUGUGGGUGUCCUGGGCCACACUGUGCUGUGGAUUAUCACUCUCUUUGUAUCAUUACAGUUACUGCUUUGUUGUAACAGCAACAUCCUGACAUUA